ACUUAAACGUGUCGCUCGUAAGAAUCGAAUCUCUGAAGUGAUUCGUACUGUCCACCACGUCGGAGUGGGUAAGGUUGUAUAACUGAGGUCAGAACAGUCUGUACUGUCUAUCUCUGUCCACAUGGGAGAGCCAGAUCCCAUCACAGUGCUCCUGAAGUGUUUUCCUCACCUCUGUGUGUGAGGAGUGGAUCAUUAGUGCGCCUCCCUUCUGCACCUGAGAAGUCUGCUCUAACCUCUCAGCAGCAGCAGCAGCAGCACAGCGCGUCCUGCACACUUACCCAUGAGAACGAAGGCAUAGUUUCCUUCUUCCCUUUUUUUUCCAUCACGCUUUUUUAUUUCACAACCUUACCAAGAACAUGUUUCACUUCAAGAGGUCGUUCGAGGGCGAAAAGCUUCAGCUGCAGGAGCUGAAUCAGAGGCUGGGGCAGUAUCUAUCCAGAGCGAAGCUGUUGGAGCAAGAAAACGCUCGCCUUGUAGCGGAAAUAAACACGAUCAGGCAUAACAGGUCUACAGAAUGGGAGGACACACGCAUGGCCGAGCUGAGAGAGAUGAGAAGACUGGUGGAUCAACUCUGUUGGGAAAAAUCCAGGGCGGAGAUGGAGAGAGAGAAGCUGCGCAGAGAGCUUGAGCUGAUCCAGGCCAUGCGCUCUGACGAGUCCGCGUUUAGUAAAGGUCUGGAUGGUGAGCUGAAGGGCUGUGAAAAGCAGCUGCGCCAUGCUCUUCAGACCAACAGCGCGCUAGAGGAACGCCUGCUCCAGCUGCAGAAUGAAUGCGCGCUCUUGCAUGAUGCUCACAGGAACGAGAUUGCGCACCUCAGGAGCCAGGGUCACACCCGGGUCUUACCUGUUGUCACUCGGACGCAUCACGGCCCACCAGCGUUUAGUCCAGAAGAAGUCCAGGAGUAUGCGCGUAGCCUGUCUGAAAGCUGGAUGGAGACUUUUGAAAUGUAUCGACAGCAGGUUGAGGAGAUGGAAGAAUCCAUAAAAGCAGAUCAGGCCAGGCUUGAAGAUAUUAGAAGAGAGAAGGUGGAGUAUGCUUCAGAGCUGAACAAGCUGAGGGCGGAAAUGGAGAAACACAGCCAGAUGCAGCUGGAGCUCGAGGAGCAUCUCAUGAACAUGCAAGAAAAGUUCAGAAAAGAUCUCAGUCAGUAUCAGAUAAUUGUUGAAGAACUGGAACAUGAGCGUAUGCUUCUGGCCAACACCAUUACAGAAAAGCUGAAGGAUCAUCAUGACCUCCUACAGGUCAAAAUGGGGCUUGGCAUGGAAGUGGCUGCAUACAGGGCACUGCUAGAAGGUGAAGGUAAACAUGCUCAGAUGAGGUCUGACCAGUAUUCAAGAGAGAGAAUAAUAGAUAUCAAAUUGCCAGCCCAUCCUUACACUCCAAGAGUCUCUACCAUCACAGCCAGUCGACCAGAAGUGAGAAGGAAUUUAAUAGGGUAUGAUGUCUGGAAUGUAGAACCCAUUUCCAGCAUGAGAACCUCCACUGUAUCCAGUCAGUAUGAUUCCCACAAAACCUCCAGGAUUUUGCCUAUCACUAUUUCAAACCAUGCCCAACAAAGUCCUGCUGCAAGAAGAGACAUGAUUGCUUUCAGCAAAGCAAAACAGGCUUCAGUUUCACCAAGUGCAGCCAAACCUGAUGUCUCUGCUAGUAAGACUAACAAAGAAGUGAUGGAAGAACAGAAGGUAAUCAUCAAAGGUGUGUCUAAAAGCCAACCAAGGAGUUCGCCUGAUCUUUUCCAGACAGAAAUACAAAACAAAUCAUUCCCCACUACCUCAUCAGCAAUAGAAAUAAAAUCAGUGAGAGUUGUGGCACCACCUAUGAUGAGCCUGAACACUAAUGCAGAAACCAAUCAGAAAGUUGUUGAGGAAGAUGUUAAGGAAGAUGAAAGAAAAGAUCAGAGUACAGAAGCAGAUCAUGCCAAAGCAACAGUGCAACCUGAUGCAACACCAUUUAUCCAGCAUAAGGAAUCCAACCAAGAAGAUAAGACAGAUUUGAAAGAUUCUGGAAAUGUGGGACCAAAGGUAUUUGCAGGUGAGGAAAAAGUUUUGGACUCAGUGUCCAUGGAAGAAAUUAUUGAGAAGGUCAUAAAGCCUGCUGGCUUUGAUACAAAUCUCAGUUCAUCUGCUGACUCAAAGAUCACAUACCAUGUAGAGAAAACAGAGCAAGAGGAUGGAAGCACCAAGACUCAGAUAGUCCUGCAGUCAAAAGUGGAAGAAGACCUGGAUGUGUCAGACAACUCGGCUCUUGAUGAACUCCUUAGUAAGGGGGUACAUAAAGUCUCUCUGGAGGAUAUUGAAGGAACCCCAACAGGAAGCAUGAUUCAGAACCUUCUGCGUCUUGGUCUUGAAGGUGAAAGCUUAGAAAACAAGUCGGUUAAAGUGGAGAUAAUGGAGGCACCAUUGGAAUCUCAUACCGAUGAAGGGGAAGGUGAAAUUGAAGAGACUGUAGAAGUUGAGUCCAAAGCGUACUUCCAACCUUCAUCAAUGUUCUUUCACAUUGAAGAACCAGAGAAUGAACCUCAGCCAGCUAAACAACAUGAAAACACUGACGAGUCUAUGAAAGCCUCAGAGUAUGUAAAGAGUGGAUUUGUGCAGGUGCAGGAAGUGUCCAGAGAUGAGAGCCUCCCAUACUAUGCUCAGGGCCAAGAAACACAAGAAUACUUUGUUUCCACCCCUGAAGAGAACAUGUCUGGUUCAGAGGAGGGUGGAGGAUUUAUGUCUUAUGGACAUUAUGGAGUGGUGGAAGACCUUUCAGAUGAGAGAUACUACCAGGAAGAAGGUCUGCCUACAAAAAGGAGGUACUCUGAUGAAGGGGAAAAUAACAGGGAGUCACCUGAAUAUGUCAAAAGAGACACCACUGGAAUUCCAGAGUGUAUUAUAGAAGAGGAGGUGCAUGUUCCUCCCAGAAUUCAAGAGUCUAUGCUGGAGAUCCUGAAAGAAGAGUCAUUGGACCCCAGAGAACAGCUAAAGGGAGCACUGGAGCAGCUAGAAGGCACUGUGUCUGGAGAGCUAAAAGAAGAACUUGUUUCUUUCACCAAAGCUGGUCAAAGUUCUGAGAACCUGUCUGUUAACAUCCAGAAAGUGCAACAAUCUCCAGACAAUGGAACAAUGACCUUUGUGGCAGAGCUUAAUAUUUCCCAGAGUCUGGAGGAUUCUGGACUCUUGCAAAAUGAGGCAGAUGACCUGUUACAGGAACAGGUGAUGGCAGCACUGCAGUCCUCAAGCUCUGACCUCCACCAGGCGCACAGUGCUGAAGCUGAUGAUGAGUAUACCAUCAGACUUUCCACAGAGGAGGUCCAAAAAGGGGAAAUGCCAUGGAUGUCCAGCCUUGAGGAAACCGAAGCUUUGAGCUCAGGUAGUGAAGUUAGCAAGACCGAGAAGGUCAUCAGGCUGGGGCCUAAUGAGACAUCCUUCACGUUCCAAAUGGGUAUUAACAACAGCGCGUCUGCGAUAGGCAAAGAAGGGAUGGAUUCUCAAGAUCAGAAAGGCAAUGGAGCCAAUGUGCAAGAGUUUGUACAGACCCAGAAGACUGACCCUUCAUUAAAAAUCUACCAGGAGAAAAGAAUAGCUACUGUUUAUCUUGAAAGCCCCCAGGAGGACUAACUGAGAUCUAGAUAAAACCACCUAUAACUGAGAUCCAAAUAAAACCACGUAUUAUAUAAUCAGGUAUGGAGAAAUGUUUGUUACUCUCAUUGUUUUUACAAUACAUAUAGAAAGCAGCACAUAUCAAGGACUUAAAGCUUUACUUUCUACACAAUUAGAUUUACGAGUUUAGACCCUCUUGGCUCUGUGCCUUUUUUUCUUUUUUUUUCUUUUCUUUUUUUUUUUUUUUUUUUUUUUGCUGUGUAGGCCUCACGGAAUUUGUCACAUUUAUUACAUGUCUUGUCUAGAAUGACAUGUAAUAAAAUGUACUGAAGUUAAUAAAAGAGCAUUUAAUAUCAUUGAUUACAGGAUAUCACUGUCUCUUGUAACACUACACAAAUUAUUUUAAGCUACACUUCAAUUCAGAUAGAACAUACUGCUAAUCCUGUAUUCAAAUCACUGCGUUAUGUUUCUGGGUCAUGUUUCUACUGUGUGUUCUUUAGUAUAUGCACUGUCAUCUUUUACUUUAAUGAUGAUACUGUUUUGCUGUAACACAUUUUUAAAUUACUGUCAUCUACACUUAAUAAGGUCCAGAGUUUAAUCUAGUAUAAAUUCACACAUAUUUUGUAUUUAUGACACUAAGAAAACUUAAAAACACCUUAACAAACAUAGAGCAGAGGUGCCUGUUUCUUUUGCCUGUGCCUAUUCUGUGUGAACAAAAUUAGGUGAUUUUCCUGCUCAAAGACACCCAUAAAACUGUUAAUUAACUGGUGAAUAGAAUUAUGUGUCUCUGAAGGAAAUAACUAAACACUGCUGGAUUCUAGUGCACUAAAACUGGAGCUCCAUUUUAUUUUGAGUACUGAUUGUUGUUUAUAGCCCCUAAUCUGACUUGAUUAUUGUCAGAAUCUGGCUCUGUGACUACCAGAUUUCAGACUAUCCUUCUUGUCCUUCUUAGGUCCUAUAAUCCUUAAAUAACAUUAGCAUGGCAUUCACUAAUCCAGCCUCCCUGCGCUUUCAGCGUAAGGGCCUUUCCAUUGUUCAGGACUGAGUGAGACAGAGAGAUGAAAAAGUGAAAAAGCAGGUUUCUCUUAAAAAGCACCAGUGUCAGUCUAGUGGUCAUUGAGGUAGUGUCUAACAGCAUGUUUGCAUAACAAAUGUAUUUUGGGAUCCUUACUCAUGCCUCACAUGGUGGUAAUGGAGUGAGUGAGAAGAAAAGAGAGAGGGUGACGCCAGUUUAUGUCCAGUAGGACUCUUUUUAGAGUUCUGUAGUAACAUGCGUCCAAAAGAGGUGUGUAUGUGUGGGUAUUUAUGAACAUGUGUUGAUGAACAUUAUUAUUUGCAACAAUAAAUAACUAUACUGUACUAUAGUUAUUCGAUAGUAAUAAAUAUACUCUUCUCUGUUUCACACUAAUGCUCUCUUGGAAUCAGUUUUGUUUGGUUGGCUCCAAAAAAUUUUUCGCCCUGCUGUAAUUUUUUUUUUUUUUUUUUUUUGUCACCUGGUUUGUCACUGGUGGUAGUGUUGUGCCUGUUCCUAAUAAUGAUAUUAUGAAUAUAUAACACUGUAAUAUGAGUAAACAAAAGUUUUGUUUA